CCGCCCGCGGGACACCCGGGGAGCGUCUGGCCGCACGCGCGGGACACGAGCGCCCCACCCUCCCUGGCGUGCACGGCCCGCCACUGCUCGGCCACCUGGGGAGCGCGCCCCGGGAGUCGCUCGGCGGCGCUGUGCUGGGGGGGCCCCCUCGGGGCGCGUACCUGGACGCGACGCGCGGGGUGCUCUGCGGAGGCGCCCGGCGGGUGGAUGCGGACGCGAUGGACGGCGGCGCGCUGCCCCGACCCGCGCCCGGCGCCCCCGGCGGCCGCCCUCCCCGGCGGCGGCCCGCGUCCCCCGAGCUGUUGCGCUGCAGCCGGCGGCGGCGGCCGGGCACGGCGGAGAGCGGGGGCGGCACGGCGGCCGUGGCACGGCGCAACGAACGCGAGCGCAACCGCGUGAAGCUGGUGAACUUGGGCUUCCAGGCGCUGCGGCAGCAUGUGCCGCACGGCGGCGCCAGCAAGAAGCUGAGCAAGGUGGAGACGCUGCGCUCGGCCGUGGAGUACAUUCGUGCGCUGCAGUGCCUGCUGGCCGAGCACGACGCGAGGCGCAGUGCCCUGGCCGGGGGGCUGCUGGCGCCGGCCUCGCGCCCCCCCGCGCCCUGCCCGCCGCCCGGGACCCCUGCCGCCGCCGCCUCGCCCUCUUGCGCCUCGUCGUCCCCAGGCCGCGGGGGCAGCUCGGAGCCCGGCUCCCCGCGCUCCGCCUACUCGUCGGAUGACAGCGGCUGCGAGGGCGCGCAGAGCCCCGCAGAGCGGGAGCUGCUUGAUUUCUCCAGCUGGCUCGGGGGGUACUGAGCGCCGACAACCACCGAGCCACAGCCCCGGACGCUGAGCGGCGCGCGCCUCUCACCUCCGCAGCCAGCGCCCCGGACCGGCCGGCGCCCACCGCCCCGAGGCAGACCUGCCCCGACGGCGAAGCCAUCCCGAGCCAGGGACCCCGAGGACAGCCCCCUCGUCCCACCGGGCCCCUGUCGCCUGGUUCCCUCCAGCAUCUCAGCUGCUGCUUUCUGCUGGGAGGGAUUGGGGCGCUCCGGCUUGGAGAUUUUCCUGGAGGGGAAAGGAUUUUAUAAGGAUCGAGAGAAUGUACUUUUUACAAGUUGACUUGAACUCCGGGACUGACUGCUGAGAAUAUGGAGACUUAUUUUUGUACCAAGAAUCCACCAUGAAGGGUAUCCGCCCUCCUCCCCCAGAUUACCUGGAAUUUACCAACCUGGCCAAGAUCUGGACUCCAGCAGCCCCGGAGGGGUGGGCUCCCCGACAGGUGCCCCCCUUCCCUUGGCUGCCUGUUGGGUUUUGUGCCCCCCAGCACUGCCCCCCUCCCCCCCGAGAGAUCUGGGCCUGGAAAACGUGCUGUCUGGGGGAAGGUGGACUUCACAAAUAA